AUGUUGAGAUUUAAAGAUCCGGAACGACUACCAGGUGGAUUAAGGUUUGAAAUAUGCGAUCCAGAUUAUUUUUCAUCUUAUGGGAUCGCCAGAGUUGUUCGGGGAAUUAAAUCUAUUUGGCCAUGGUCAAAUCGAUCUAUCAAACAGGACAUUUUAAAGAAUGUACCAAGUAUUAAUGUUGAUGGUCUAGGUUCUCAAUCUAGUGAUUCUACAGUUGAUGAACAGGAUAAUGUUAUUAGAUUAAGAAAAAGCCGAAUGACGACCGUCGUCAAUAAGAAAAAUAUAUCGUCAUCUGCAUAUAGCACAGCUCAUAUAGCCCAAACUACACCG